GUUGCAUGUUUUUGUGCUGUGGGAGGAAACCGGAGUGCCUGGAGGAAACCCACACAGGCACGGGGGAGAACAACAUGCAAACUCCACACAGGGAGGGCCGGGAUUGAACCCGGGUCCUCAGGAUUGUGAGGCCAACGCUUUAGAGCUGAUGAACUUUGCCGCCCCUAACAACCAUUAUUGUAUUAUUAUUAUUAUUUUACUUUUAGCAGCAUCGUUCGAGGAAGAAGCGGCACGGCCAUCGAGAGAGGGGAGGAGACGGAGGAGGACGACGAGAAGGAGGUGGUAGCAGUGCCGGGGUUUUGUUUGGAAGCCCAAUGACUGCAGCAUAAUUAAAGAUGGCGGAAUCGGAGGAAUUUAGACUCAAGCGAUUAAUGCAUGAGCAGCGACAAUCCAGAGUCUUUGAUCAGGUGAUGGGGUUGGGAGACUUUGCUGACUCCUCCCAAGGUUCCAACACUUCCUCUAAGAGUGGAGGCCUGGAGGAGACAAGGGCAAUGGAUGAAAUUUCAGGACAAGGUGAACAACAGCCAGAAGAGGACAGCAGCAAUAGUAGUAGCAGGCAAGAGGAAAAGCUGGGUGAGAGGACGGAAGAGUCGUCAUCUCGUCUUACUUCGCUCGUUGCUGACCAACGCCACUCAUUUACCUUGGGACCCUGUGAAGGAGGAGGAGGAGGAGGAAGUGGAGAAGCAGCAUUUGAUGAUGCAUUGGAUGGCCUUCCUUCAUUUGGUCCUGAAGAGGACGACGAGGACUGGCACUUUGCUCUGCCACCAGAAACACUACAGGAUGUUGACUGUGACAAAGUACUGUGCAAAAACAAUCAAUCGAGUGAGGAACAUAUCAAAAUUCAAGAAGGACCUUCUCCUCUGGACCCCAGCGAGGAGGUAGAGGAGGAACAAGAGAGGGAAGCGACAAGUGGCUCUGCCAACACUUUUCACUCAUCCAAGGUUAACACACCUGAGAGCAGCCAAGAUCCAGGAAUCCUGAAUCAUACAGAGGAAACAGAAGACGGUCAGCAAGAAGAGUGCACACACCACGGACGGCAAAGGAAGAAGCAGAAGCGCACAAGCGAGCGUUCCGAGCCUCCUCCAGUGGAGGUCAGCAACCCUCCAAUGUCUCCCAAUAUCACCGUUAAAGAUGAGCCAAUUGAUGAGGGCUACGAUGCUGCUUUACUGCCUCAGGGCAACAUCAGACAAAUCAAAGAAGAACUGGAUCAUCAGGAGGAUGAACUUAGGAUCAGCUCUGUUUACUCUGUUGGUGGAGGUAACACACUUGUAUCCCCUGUGGCCCAUCAAGUGACAGCAGCUGUUUCCCAGCAAACAGCCAUUUUUAUUCCCGGUAGAGGUGCUGUCCUUCAAGCAAUGGCUCCUCUUUCUGUACGACCCCCACCUCCAAUUCAGACUUCACUUACAUCGUUGGCGCCAAUAGCCCUUCGACCCCCUGCACCAACCAUUCCUGGUAGUGUUCGCUGCAGUGGUUGCUUUAAGGUUCUCCUAAAAGGUCAAACAGCAUUCCAGAGAAAAGGUUCGACACAACUCUUCUGCUCCACGCUUUGUUUGACAGGACAUCUACCCCCAGCAAACAAGAACCAAUUAUGCUCUCUAUGCAACAGUGAGAUUCUUCGGGCUCGGGACACAAUAACAAUCCCAGCUGAUGACAACACAUACUUGCACUUUUGCGGCCAGCACUGUUUAUCAAUCUUUAGACACAGGACAAAGAAACCUGAAAAGGCCCCUGAAAAAGUAGUUGACAAACGGCCAGAGAAGAAGAUUGAAAAGCCACUGGAGAAGCCUGCUGAGCGACCAGCAGAAAAUGUUAUUUGUAGUGUGUGCAGAAUCACCAACCGGAUCGAGCAUGAGGUGAGCCACCAAGGUCGUCUACACAGACUCUGCAGUGACGCUUGUUUUGUUACCUGGCGCAGGAUGCGGCAGUUAGCCAUGAACUGCUGUGAAAGCUGUGGACUUUACUGUAAUAGCAGUUCGGACUCCUAUCAUACACUUACAAUUGAAAAAUCAGAGCUAAACUUCUGUGGUCCUACCUGCAUUGGCACUUACAAACAGUCCUGCCGAAAGACAAUUGAGUGUGCCAGAUGUCAAAAGUCUGCAAUAGUGUCUGCCACCAUCAUGGAGCGAGACGAAAAGGGGAAAGUUCAGCUUUACUGUUCACCUGUUUGUGUUCAAAUGAGCAGACCACCGCUACACACAUUAACCGGGGCUGCAUUCCCAUGCUGCCUGUGUAAGACUGUAGCUGUUCCUCAGUAUCACUUGGCAAUGGUGGAUGGCACCAUAAGGAACUUUUGUUCCUAUGAAUGUGUUUCUACUUUCAGGAAAACGGGACAUACGGGGUCCGAUCUGAUCAAUGGAAAAUCUUCUCCAAGGGAUGCCUCACGAUUUGGGCCCUCCUCUGGAGCCAGCUCAGUCCCUCUCAUUCCUCAGGAUUACCCAUCUUCAGCCCCAUAUCCCAGCCACCAUGCCAGUAACAGCUCAGUGCCUCCUUUGGUUCCUCCAUCGCUAGGCUUGACCUCGACUUCUGGACCAGGCCAAGGCCAUCCCCGAACACCCCUCGCUCAGCCUCUCAAACCAGGAGAGGGUAGACCCAGCGACAGCCCCAAAGUGACCUGCCAUCAGUGUACCAAGCAGUUCAUCACCAAGCCGCUGCUUUUUGGCCACAGAGAUCGGAUUUCUGUGUUCUGCUCCAUGACAUGUUGUGACCUUUAUAAAACUCAAAACAAUAUCCAUGUAAUGUGUGAAGUCUGUAGGAGGGAAAAGGUGCCAUUUGACACAAUCCACUACAAUGAGAGAGACAUUUUCUUCUGCAGUAAAUACUGUAAGCAAAACUUCAAAUUAUGCAUCACAUCUCGUAACAAGGAUCCACCCUGCCGUCCCUGCAGUUAUUGCUAUAGCAUUAGCCAAAAAAUGUUGCAUAGCCACUACGGAGGCAAGCUAGAAGAGUUCUGCAAGCCCCUGUGCAUGUCUCAGUACACUGUGCUCUACUACGGGAUGGGUCGAUGUGACAGUUGUAGGAAGCAGGGGUACUUAAAUGAGAAGCUACAGUACAUGGGUUCAGUGCGGAACUUCUGCAACCUGACCUGCUUACUCGGGUACUGCUCUGUGAAUUUUGAAUCGAGCCAGCACACUACCAGUAAUGGUACUGGAUCAGAGCCACCUCAUGCUCCAGCCCAGCCUCACCACCCCUCAAAAGCUAACCCUGUCAUAGCUGAUGUCGUGUCACUCGCAAAUGGUUCUGCAACUCAGCCCAGUGUGCCAUCGGAUAUUGCUAUGACUGGAGGACUUCCAAACUGUAGCAUGGAUGGCAAGAUUCUUGAUCAUGCCAGUACUCAAACAGAUGCCAUGCGUGGACCCCCAUCCAACCGACGUCAAAUGAAGAACAAGUCUGUGCUUUGCCGGCCAUUCACAAUGGAUCAAGAGAGUUUAUGCCUCCUCCUACCACCAUCCACAGAUUCAUCCGAUAUCACUUCAAUUGACUGUGAAAAAGAUGUUAAAAAGAUGAAGACAGACGAGGAAACGGCUCCAUCUCCACCCUUGGAAAAUUGCUCCUUAGAGGAUGAUAAAGUGAAGGUGCUAAUGGUGCCAGUUCCUGUGCCAGUCUUUAUCCCAGUGCCUAUGAACAUGUACUCUCAGCACACGCCUGUUCCAAUGGCUCUGCCUAUAACUCUUCCAGUGCCCAUCGUGAUACCACCUCAGAAUAAAGAAGUGACAGAUGCAGCCAUCCAAUCAUAUCCUUGGCACGAAGAGCCUAAAAACCAGGGUAAUGUUGAGGUCUCCAUUGAGCAGGAGGUCAAACCCCUGGUUCCAUUGCCCAUUGAUGUACCAGGACAGAGAAAAGAUCUGAAAGAUGCGGCCAUCCAGUCAGAGCCUUUCCAACUAGAGACUGAAGAGAAGAAUAAUCCUGAGGUGGUCUCCCAAAUCAAAGAUGUGAGAGAAAUCGCUGUACAGUCAGAUCCCAUGGACACUCCACCAGUUCCGUUGGUCAUUGCACCCACACAGUGUAAAGAUGUAAAAGAUGCAGCUGUCCAAUCAGAGACUUUGGAUUUGGAAAGGCAAAAUGAAUUUGAUGACUUCAAAAGAUAUGGGCCACCACUGAGCAAACGUGCAUUAGCUGUUUCUGUCCAAUUAGAUCCUUUGAAUCUGGAGCCAGCUGCCAAUGUCCAAUCUGAUUCUUUGUAUGAGGAGGUAGAUACCAAUAUUCAAGUAGAUCAUUUGGAUGUUGAGCCAGAUGCCAGUGUCCAAUCUGAUCGUUUGGAUGUGGAGACAGCUGCCCCUGUCCUAUCAGAUCCUUGCGACUUGGAGACUGAAGUGAAGAUGGAUUCUGAUGAUGCCAGCACAGGCCAGGAUAAAAGUAGAACAUCAGAUGUGGUGACUCCAUCAAUCCACGAAGUUGAGGAAAGUCCAAAUAUCCCACAAACCAAAAGUCCUCCUCCAGUAACAUCAAGAAGGAAAACAAAGGCAGGUCGUCCGCCACGUAAAAGCCAGCCAAAAGCUAAACAGACAACGAGUGACCAACAAGCCACUGUCAUUACUGAGCAACAGCCUCCAUCCUCUCCAAUGACUGAUUUGGAGCAGGACUUCCCAAGGGAAUUGUUGGAUCUGAAGCCAUCAACCCCUCAGCGAGGAGUGAAGAGACCUCGAGAAGGUUUCUCUGGUCGGAAGCGGGGUCGAAGGCGAACUCGAUCAUUAGACCACAGUGUUCUUGUGCCCCCAGUCACCUUCACAUUGAACUACAUGUAUGGUGUUAAGGCCUGGAAGAGCUGGGUGCAGCACCACAACACACAUUCUAGAAGAUCCAAUCCAGUUGUUGUUAAAGAGGAUAUUCUUCAGUGUGAUUCUGCUGAGCUGAGCUAUGCUCUGUCUUGCUUUAUCAAAGAAGUUCGUAGGCCGAACAGCGACACCUACAGCCCUGACAGCAUUUUCUACCUCUGCCUGGGGAUACAGCAGUAUCUGUUCAUGAAGGGCCGCAUAGAGAACAUUUUCACCGAUGAGCUGUACAGUCAGUUUGCAAUGGAGAUCUCUGGGAUGCUGCGACUCUGGAAACCUAAACAGCUGCCCAGUGGUAUGUUCACUGAUGGUAGCCUCGUGUCCUCUCGAGUUGAAGAGUCCUUCCUGUGGGAGUGUAAGCAGCUGGGCGCUUACUCCCCCAUCGUGUUGCUCAACACACUUCUCUUCUUUUACACCAAGAACUUCCACUUCACCACGUUGGCGCAGCACCAAAGCCUAUCUUUUUCCAACUUCAGUUUGCACACCAAACCCUGCAGUCGAGCGGGCAAAGUCCUCUACCUCAAAUACCAGCGAAGCAGUGCUGCUACUUCCAGCCGUGGAGAGACGGAGCGAACGAAAAAAAGGCAAGAAAAGGAAGAUGGUGACAUGGAGAUGGCAGAAAAUGUUACCAAUCCGCUGCAUUGUCCAGUCAGACUAUAUGAGUUCUAUCUCUCAAGAUGCCCACCAACAGCAUUGAAGAGGACUGACAUGUUUUACCUCCAGCCUGAACGCAAUGUCCACACCCACAGCUCCUACUGGUAUACUUCUCACUCACUACACCACACAAUUCUGCAGAGCAUGCUCACUCGGAUCUUGGCAGUCAAAGAGGUUCAGCGAUAACAGGAGGCAUCCUCCACUUGGUCGGAGUUUACAGUGACGAGCCUUUUUGGAACAGGAAUCUGCUCCCAGAGCCAGAGAGGAAGGGUCUCAUGUAUUUCCAUAACAGCUGUGGGCUCCAUAUGAAGAGGCAGGCGGUCAUGCUGUCAAAAUCACAAUGGACAUUUAUCACAAAGAAGACAAUUUGACUUUUUUUUUUUUUUUAAACCAUUAUAUAUAUAUAUAUAUAUAUAUAUAUAUAUACACACACACACACACACACACAUACAUACAUACAUGCUGACCUGUGUGGAUGCCCCCCUCCUCCAACAAGCACUCCUCGACUCUGCAGGCAUCUGUUACUGAUUCAAAUGAAAAGGGAGUGUUCCGGACUCUCAUUUCUUCAUUUCUCGUCUUUGUCCCACUUUUAAACAUGAGAUGUGAUGGUGGUUUAGUUCCUUCAACUGUGCAUCCCUCAUAAAGCCGUUCAGUGGGACAUUUAUGCAUCAUUCCUGCUGUCACUGAAUGGAACAGCAGUACACUUUGUAGGUCAAUGCUGUUGCGCUCUGUGACACUUCCACUGAAUGUCUGGAGUCAAUGGAUGAGAUCACUCAAGAAUAGUACUUUUUCAUAUUGUCAACCAAACUUCCUUGGAGACCAAAAACAGACCAGGUCAACAUGAUCUAUCUUAUACAUACCUGAACACUAUUUUACAUGAAUUUCUGAUUUUAUCUUAAUGAUUUUAAAAUGGCAUAAUCAUGAUCCUCUGAAGUAGCACUUUUAAAGGAAGACUCUCCCCAAAAUUAAUAUGUAUAAUACACCUUCCAAUUUAAAGUAAUAUUAUUAUUGAAUAUAUUUUGAACAUUAACUGGGGAAAAAGUUGAAAAUAAAGAACAUUUUUGAAAACCAAGCAAGAUCUGGAUAUGUAUGCUUUGACAGCAAUACCCGGAAGAAACAUCCUUGACCCCUGUCAUCACCAGUGCUUAGCAUUAAAAACCAUUCAUUCUAGAUAAGCCAAGAUACUGACAUCUUCUGCAGCAAACUGCAACAAAACUGAGAUAACGCACCCAUAUUUGUCCUUCUUUGACCUGCCGUGGGGUCUGCCUGACAGGAUAAAGCUGUGGCUGUCACAGUUGAGGCUCGUUCAUCAGCCGGGGAAAUUUGCACGCAUCUAAUCAUUACUGGCUAUUAGCCGCUUAAUUAUAGCCUCUUGUGCUGGUACUAUAUAAGCAUUAACAUACUUUUAUGAGGCAGCACGGUGGUGCAGCUGUUCAAUCCCGGCCAUCUGUACGUGGACUUUGCAUGUUCUUCCCGUGUCUACGUGUGUGUAACCUGCCUCCUGCCCGUUCACAGCUGGGAUAGGCUCCAGCACUCCUGCGACCAUCGUGCGACUCAGAAAAUGGAUGGAUAUAUACAUGUACGCACACAACACUUCCAGGUUACUAUUUACGGCAAUGCGCGCGUCCAAACCCCCUUACCCCCUCCAUCCCCGCCACCAGUCAAUCAUGAGAGGCUGGCUGUUUGAAAAGUACAACUUGGGUUAAAAAAAAAAAAAAAAAGUGGCCACGCCUGCUGUAUAUUCGCUACAUCUAAACCAACUCCUCAGAAAUUCAAUUAUUCAGUUAUUGUUCGUCGUCAGCGCCAUGCCCCUCUCCAACACGUCAAGUUUCACCUGUGUGUAUUCAGGCUCAAACGCUUGAACAUUGUACAUUAUUUUGGUUUUGCCUGCUCAAUGGCGGGAGUAGUAAUAACACAGAGCAUCAACUCGCUGUUAUACUCACUUUAUUGGCUCUUAGCACAACACUUCUUUGCUCCGAUUUACGCCGAUGCGCCCACCCCCACAAAAUGCCAAAUAGUGGACGUUCUCUGUUCGAUGAAAUGUAUCCACGUGCAAUUGGGGGGUCAGAACAGAAAGCACUGGAGGCUUGGCAAACGCUGAUUGGCUGUUAGUUUUCCAGCUGGGCUCAUUGGAAUGUCUGAGCGAGAGAGGAAUUUCGAUGAUAAUUUUCCAAUUUAGAGAUGUUUCUUGGUGAACUCUUGGGAUAACUGCCAUCUACUAACUUUUAAUGUGUGCGCCCAUUCCUAUAAUUUUGGGGAGAGUCUUCCUUUAAGAUUGAGAUCUUGUAAGUGCUUUUUUAAUAUUUAAAUUCUAGCAGAAUGGUGCCAGCACAAAGAGGGAACAAAGUUUUAAUCUGUCAGAUACAGGAAAAUGUGGGAUACAAAAUUAUUUAAUUGGUUUAUUGUUUUGAUCACAUACAGUUUAUUGACAAUAAGAAAAUUGCUGACCUGUAAUGUGACUAGCUGCAUGUGAAUGAGGUGGUGUAACGCUAGAGGAAACAAACGGUGCCUCUCAUCUUUGGAUUGAUGAAUGCGUCAUCUGACAUUUUGCCCUUUUCAUUUUCUUCAUCCCUUUUGUGGCCUUAUUUAGCGUCAAGUCACCCCAUUAGUUUUUGAUGUCCAUGGAUUCUAUCUGUUUUCCAUGUCUUUCUUCUUUCUCCUAUAUCCUGUAAAUAUACAUCCAUCCCUGUAUGUUUGUUUCCAGUAAUGGUGCCAUUUUUUUUUUCAUGAGACUAAAAGCCCCCUCACUGGGUUUUCUCGUACAUGUGGCUAUGCUCUCAUUAAAAGAGAAGGAUAGUUUUUUUUAAAGUGUUGUGUAUAAAAUACUGAUCUGUAAGGUUUAAAAAUAUUUUCAAUGGUCAGAAAAUAAACGAGCAGCAACCUUUUUAGGGUAUGCCUAAAAGUAA